AGCAGGGAAGAAAUAACAAAGAGAGACCUUGGCAAAACAAAACGAAACCAAAUCCUUUUCCAUUCCCCUCCCCCACCACUGGUCUCUGUCUUCUCCGUCGGGAUCGACGGAAUUCUUUCCACCCACGCCUCAAAUCUUCGUCUCCUUCCAUUAACUCUUCUUCCCCUGGGAGGAAGAGAGAUAGGAGGGGUGAGGGGGAGACAGAGUAAGAGAUGGCUCUUAGUAGCCUCUGCUCUAUUGCAUCCUCCCACGCCUGUGUCAUCAUGAUCACCAGCUUCUUCCGUCACUAGCUAUAGCAGAACAGAGAAGUAGCAGGUGUGCAAGACCUCUCUGAAGGGAGAAAGCAUGGCCUUCUGGUCUUAAGCUGUCUCGCUAAGGAGUUCCGGAAAGAACAGAGGCAUAAAGGGCGAGAAGAAGAGGAAGAGCGAGAGAGAGAUCGGGAAGGAGUUGUUUGAGGUAAAGAUUGGAGAAGAGACUGAAAAAAGACAGUUUAGAGAAAAAAAGACUGUGAGGGAGGGAGAGAGGUGCAGAAUAUGGCGGGACUGAUGGCGUAUGGGGGUCCAAAUUUGGCGGUUUUGCUCCGGAACGAAGGGUUUCCCUCGGACGCUACCGAAGCCCUGCUCGCUUCGGACUCUUCUCAUGGCGGAUUCCUUGGCUUGAAAUCCAUGAUGAAUAUUGAAAAUGCUCAUGGGAUCACAAAUGAAGGAUCAUUUUACCGGUCCCUUGACUUGGAUGAAACUGGUGGAGUAAACCUGGAGGAGUUUUGUCACCAGCCAGAUAAGAAGAGGCGGCUAACGGCCGAUCAGGUUGAGCUCCUCGAGGAGAAUUUUGCUCUUGACAACAAGCUCGAACUAGAGAGAAAGAUUCAGCUUGCGAAGGAUCUUGGCCUUCAGCCUAGACAGGUAGCCAUAUGGUUUCAGAACCGCCGAGCCCGGUUGAAGACAAAGCAGAUGGAGAAGGAUUAUGAAGUGCUUAAGUCCAGCUAUGAUGUUCUCAAGGCUGAUUAUGAGAACCUACUCGAGGAGAAGGAGAAGCUGAAAGCAGAGGUUCUCUUUCUCACAGACAAACUUUGUAAAUGGGAGAAGGGUGACUUAGAAACACAUAAAAUAAAAAAUUCUCCUCCUCUCCUGCUGCAAAAACUAGACAUGGAUUCAGUUUUUGAAGAGAACAAACCCGAUGUGCAUGUUCUGCUGUGUAAACUAGAGGAUCUCAACUCUGCCAACAGUCCGGUAUCAGACUCGGAUAGCCUUGGCUACACUGAUGGAGUACUCUCUCCAAUUUUGGAGCCGGCAGACUCUUCAAGUGUGUUCAAACCUGAUAGGGCUCUUCUCUUACAUGUCAAUGAGGAUGAGGAAAUUAAAGGAUGCAGCUCCAUGAAGCUUGAAGACAACUCAUUUAACUAUGUUUUCCCAGUGGAGGACCAGGCUUUCUGGCUCUGGCCCUGGCCCUGCUGAGAUUUCAUACUUUCUGUUCCAUACAUGUCCAUCCUGCUAUAUUGGUCUUUGUUUCUGCUAUGGGGUUUUUCCUAGUAUGAUGUAAUGAUAAGCUAGGAGAUCAGUAAGGGGCCAUCUGGUGACCCCAGACCUAGGUGGGCUGUGUGGUUUUCUUCAUCCUUUCAAAGUCAUGAUGAUCUCUCUCUAGAUUUCCCUUUCUCAUCCUUUUGAAGUCCUUCCAUUUGAUGUAUUAUAAGUAGGCUUUCAUAACAAAGCCUUGGGCAGCCAAAAGGCUUUUUUUGUGAAUAUGAAUAUGAAAAGCUACAUGAUUCGGAAGUCAAGCUAGCGGAUGGAUUGUGCU